CGCGAGAGCAGCGCAAGCGGGCGGGCUCUGCCGCCGGGGCGGCGCGGCCAUGGAGCCGGGCCUGGAGGAGCUGAUGCCGCGGCUGCUGCCCGUGGGCGACUGUGACCUGGCCGAGGACUUCGAUCCCACCGUGCCUCCCAGGACGCCCCAGGAGUAUCUGAAGCGCGUCCAGAUUGAAGCAGCUCGAUGUCCUGACGUGGUCGUGGCAAAAAUAGAUCCCAGAAAAUUGAAAAAGAAGCCGACAGUAAACAUUUCAAUUUCUGGAUGUCAGCCUGCUCCUGAGGGAUACUCUCCAACACUCAAGUGGCAGCAGCAGCAAGUGGCCAAUUUCUCAGCUGUUCGUCAGAGCCUGAACAAGCACAGGAAUCACUGGCGGUCACAACAUUUGGACAGCAAUGUUACUAUGCCAAAAUCAGAGGAUGAAGAAGGCUGGAAGAAGUUCUGCCUCGGGGAAAGAGUAUACUCAGAAAUAGAUGCACUAUCUGAUAAUGAAAAUUUAGGAAUUGAUUACUUGAAGGUGGGCUUUCCCCCUUUGCUAAGUAUUGUAAGCAGGAUGAAUCAGGCAACAGUAACCAGUGUCUUAGAAUACCUGAUAAGCUGGUUUGGAGAGAAAAAAUUUACUCCAGAACUGGGUAGAUGGCUUUAUGCACUGUUGGCAUGCCUUGAAAAGCCUUUGCUUCCUGAAGCUCACUCCCUAAUUCGACAGCUGGCGAGACGAUGUUCAGAAGUCAGGGCACUGGAGGAGAGCAAGAAUGAAGAACAAAUAUCAGCUCUGAACUUGAUAAUCUGCUUAGUUAGUAGGUACUUUGAUCAACGUGACCUGGCUGAUGAGCCUUCCUAGGCUGUUUUGAGAACAUCCAGUAUUUUGCAUUGCCACAGCACAAACCGCCUUGUCAGAGUUAACAGCAAGACACGGCGCUGGUCAGACCUGAAGUAUUACACAAUCCCUUCAGAACACCCUCACACUAAUGCAUUUGGGACAGCUGUGAAUAGCUUCAGCUGAGUUUUAGCUGAGAUUGUCAGUGUCUCCAAUACCAUCAUCACCAUCAUUGUAAAGUGGUAACUGAGUGUUACACUGUAAAGUGUCCAGCAUCAUCUCUCAAGCUCCUGUCUUUGUAAACUACAUUCUUGGUUAGAAAUUUCUACAAUCUGAUUAAUCUAUGGACACUGCUAUUAUUAGGUGAAGUCUGAGGUUACAUUACAAAUUAUUAUUCUUUUUCUAACAGACUUAUUGAGGACUUUUUUAAUAAAACUAAAGGAUUUUAAAGACUGUUCUUAAACAUUGUGGGUUUUCUUACUCCAUAUUAUUUAAGGCAGCCUUCCAAAUCUAGAGUUAGGGCUGAAUGUGUUUUUUCAAGUUUUGGUGCCUGAGCUCUAGCACUGCUUAGCAGUUCAACUAUAGCCAGCAUGCUACUGAAACAAUUGUUUCAGUAAAA